AUGCCAGGCGCUGCACUCCUGCUCCUGGCCCUGCUCUCGGGGGUCUCCACCUUGCCCAGCGGGCCACCUGGACCGCCCCCCCCCCCAUCAGGCACCCCUCAACUUCCCAGCCAGGGAUUCCCUGGCCCGCUCUGGGUGGAGAAAUCGAGGCCCGGGAAGGGGGUCUCCUGCAGAGGCGAGUGGCUUUGCGCCCAGCCUCGGUUGCUGGACUGUGGACAGCCCCUGGGUCUUCAGGGGACACACAGCGACUCUGCCAGCAGUGAGCCAGGCGCGGAGCGGGGCGUGGGUGCACCCCUCACCGAAACAGCACCCAUUUUCCCAAGGAGGCGGCAGAGGCGGGGAGGUUGGGUCACUCGCCUGGAGGGUCUAAGGGAGAGCGCGGCCUUGUCCCUCGGGCUGCCCUUCUCCCCGCCAGCGCCCCCAUUCCCGGCGGCGCCCGGGCCCUGGCUGCGCCGACCCCUUUUCAGCCUGGAGCUGUCCGACGCGGAGGACGCCUUCCCGCGCCGCGCGGGGCCGCUCGAGAUCCCGGCCGACAGCCGCGUGUUCGUGCAGGCGGCCCUGGCCCGUCCCUCUCCGCGCUGGGACCUCGUUCUGCACCGCUGCUCAGUGACACCGUCCUCCCGGCCGGCCCCGGGGCCCGCCCUGGCGCUGCUGCGCGGGGGCUGCCCCGCCGACUCCUCGGUCGUCUUCCCGCCGCCGCCGCCGCUCCCGGGUGCUGCCCGUCCCGCGCGCUUCAGCUUCCGCCUGCGCCCGGUCUUCAACGCCUCGGUGCAGUUCCUGCACUGCCAGCUGAGUCGCUGCCGCCGCCUCCGGGGAGCCCGCCGGACGCCCGCGCCUCUGACGCUGCCCCCGCCCUCGCUGUGUCUGCCUCGGGAUGAGGCGUGCGCGGGCGCCGGCAGCGGCAGCGGCGAGAGCCCGGGUGCCGACAGCCCCCACCUGCAUACGCUGACGCAGCCCAUCGUGGUCACGGUGCCGCGGCCACCCCCCAGGCCGUCCAAGGGCGUCCCCGGCCGAGCCGUGCGCCCCGAGCCGCCUGCGCCGGCCCCGGCGGCCCUGGAGCCCGCGCCGGUGGUGGCGCUGGUGGUGGCGGCCUUCGUGCUGGGCGCCGCGCUGGCUGCCGGCCUCGGCCUCGUCUGUGCGCGUUCAGGUAGCAACCUCCGCCGGGGCCCGCAGCCUAUUCCAGCCAGUCCGGACCCCGGGGCUCCGCGACCCAGCGGGUGGGGCUGGACCAUCCCUAGACCCGCCUCCGCUACGCCCGCAGCAGUCCCCAGGGGGCGCUCUUGGCCCGACCCAAUGAGCGGCAAAACCCCUACCGCUCUGGAGCCUGCCUCUCCUUUCCAGCACCCCCAGUCCCCGGCGCCCUCCCGAGAGACUCGGCCGGCGGCCCCCAGCCCAGGAGGCCCCAGUGAGAUCGAUGGAGGAGGCCGAUGACCAGCUGGGAAGGGGGUGUCCUCUCCUUCGUUCGGCCUGAGUAGCCUCUCCCCAAGGCUGGGGCACCCCAGCGGGGUCCUGAGACACACCAGCCACGCCUCGAACCAGGUCCGCCAGGACUGGACCGGCCGAGGUCGACCUCUGACCCGGUGGGACCGCCAUCCCAGCGUCCUGCACCCUCCCGCCUCCGACCCUCUGCUCCGCACACCCUCCCACCUGGGCUCAAAAUAAACAUCUGGUCUGACCUGCUGA